AUGGAGGAUACAGUUAUUGCUGAUGGGUAUUGGACGUCAGGGGAGGAGUACCAGGAUGGGAGGUGGGUAUUGCUCAUGGAGGAAAGUAUGUGGGGGGUAUUGACUCAGGGAGGAUGACAGUACUGGUGAUGGGGGUAUUGACUCAGGGAGGAUACAGUACGGCUGAUGGGGUAUUGACUCAGGAGGAUGAAGUACUGGCUGAUAUGGGGUAUUGACUCAGGGAGGAUACAGUACUGGCUGAUGGGGGUAUUGACUCAGGGAGGAUACAGUACUGGCUGAUGGGGGUAUUGACUCAGGGAGGAUACAGUACUGGCUGAUAUGGGGGUAUUGACUCAGGGAGGAUACAGUACUGGCUGAUUGGGGUAUUGACUCAGGGAGGAUACAGUACUGGCUGAUGGGGGUAUUGACUCAUGGAGGAUACAGUUAAUGCUGAUGGGGGUAUUGACUCAGGGAGGAUAAGUACUGGCUGAUGGGGGUAUUGACUCAGGGAGGAUACAGAGGACAUGAUAUGGGGUAUUGACUACAGGAGAUUAAUACUUGCUGAUAUGGAGUAUUGACAGGAGAUACAGGGUACGCAUGGGGUUUACUGUUGACUCGGGAGGAUACAGUACCUCCACUGAUGGGGGUAUUGACUCAGGAGGUACAGUACUGCGAUGGGGGUAUGACUCAGGGAGGAUGAAGUACUGGCUGAUGGGGUAUGACUCAGGAGAUGAAGACUAGUCUUGGCAUGGUUCUGUUAUAUCUCCACCCGGCACACCAUAAGAGGACUGGCCACCCAUCAUAGCCUGGUUCCUCUCUAGGUUUCUUCCUAGGUUUUCGCCUUUCUAGGGAGUUUUUCCUAGCCACCGUGCUCCUACACCUGCAUUACUAGCUGUUUGGGGUUUUAGGCUGGGUUUCUGUACAGCACUUCGAGAUAUUAGCUGAUGUAAGAAGGGCUAUAUAAAAUAAAAUUGAUUGAUUGAUUGGCUGAUGGGGGUAUUGACUCAGGGAGGAUACAUGGAGACAGAUUGCUGUGAUUGCUACUGACAUUUCCAACACUUCUGACAUCAUGUGAAGGAAUCUAGAGGAUGAAGAGGAGGAGGGGUGACGUAUACAUCCCAUCGCCGGUGCUUCACAGAAAUAAUACUUAGAUGAAGAAGUUAUCUAGAGAGGAGCGCCAUGAUGGAUUCUAUUCAGUCUACACCUGAUGUCUUCACCACAGAUAGGUACUGCAACAACAACUUUGUCUGCUUAAUGAAAUUCUAGAAAGAGUGUACAAAAUAUUAAGGACACCUUUCUAAUACAGAGUCCCCCCUCCCUUGCCCUCAGAACAGCCUCAAUUCGUCGGAGCUUGGACUCUACAAGGUGUCAGAAGCAUUCCACAGGGAUGCUAGCCCAUGUUGACUCCAAUGCUUCCCACGGUUGUGUCAAGUUGGCUGGGUGGUGGACCCUUCUUGCUACACACGGGAAACUGUUGAGCGUGAAAAACCCAGCAGCGUUGCAGUUCUUGACACAAACAGGUGCGCCUGGAACCUACUACCAUACCCUGUUCAAAGACACUUAAAUCUUUUGUCUUUCCCAUUCACCCUCUGAAUGGCACACAUACACAAUCUCAAUUGUCUCAAGGCUUAAAAAUCCUUCUUUAACCUGUCUCCUCCCCUUCAUCUACACUGAUUGAAGUGGAUUUAACAAGUGACAUAAAUAAGGGAUCAUAGCUUUCACCUGGAUUCACCUGGUCAGUCUGUCAUGGAAAGAGCAGGUGUUCUUAAUGUUUUGUACACUGCAGUGUUUGUUGUCAUGGCUGUCGAAACUUUGGUGUAUGAAAUGUAUUGGAGCCAUGGGAGUAAUUGUCUUUUCUUCAACAGCACCUUGAGAGAACCAUACAAUGAGACCCAACUGUCACCAUCCAACUCAACCCUACCCGUCGAGCAUCACAACAGCUUCCACAACACCCUACUAGGUGUGGACGUGUGCCUGUGCCUGUGUGUGCCUGAGCAUAUUGGGAAAGGCCCAUUUCGGUUCUAAGCAACGGACAAUAAAGUAUCUAUCCUAUCUAUUGUAGGACUCUUCCUGGGCUUCCUGUCGCUGCUCACCGUCAUCAUGAACAUCCUGGUACUGUACGCUGUGAAGAAGGAGCGGACCCUCCACACGGUGGGCAACCUCUACAUCGUCAGCCUCUCCGUGGCGGAUCUCAUCGUCGGGGCCACCGUGAUGCCCCUCAACCUGGUCUAUCUGCUGGAGGACGAGUGGAGCCUGGGGAGGGUCGUCUGUCAGUUCUGGCUCGUCGUGGAUUACGUAGCCAGCACAGCCUCAAUCUUUAGUCUGUUUAUACUUUGUCUGGAUCGGUAUCGGUCCGUGCACGAGCCGCUGAGGUACCUGAAGUACCGGACCAGAGGGAGAGCUAGCGUUAUGAUCUCAGGGGCCUGGCUGUUGUCUAUGAUGUGGAUUAUUCCUAUUCUAGGGAUGGAGGUCGAUUGCUACGGUCGAUCUUAAGCCGGAGAUGGAAAAUAAGUGUGACACUGAUUUCCGAUUUGUUACGUGGUUUAAGGUUCUGGCUUCAGUGUUUAACUUCUACGUUCCCUCUCUGUUGAUGCUGUGGCUGUACUCACGUAUCUACACGGCUGUGAGGCAGCACUUCAGAGAGAGGGAGAAGUUUAUCAAUCCCACAGAUUCCGUGGCGGGAAACCGUAUCGGACACAAAGUCCAAACAGGAAAUAGCUCCUGCAAAUCUUCUAACAAGGAAAAGAAGGGAAAAAACAGUGACUUUGAUCAGUACACUUUAGACCAGCCGUACGACUCCACAGACACAGCUGAAAUCAACACACCCAGGGAACCCAAGUCUGGGAAAGACUCUCACUCGAGUCAUUCACUGCUCAGAAUGACAAAACGUCUAAGGACGACUGUAAAAGAAAAAAGAAAGAGCAACUCUUUUCAGGAUUCAGACUCUGACCCUUUGAACCUGUCAAGGUUACCUCUCAGCUUCACACACGACGACAACAAUGUGCAGGAACUGUACGUGUCCAUGAGCGACAUAGCCGUGCCGCCAAACUCCAUGGCUAGCGUCUGCGAGAUAACCCAGAUAGCUGGUGUGCAGAGACACAACAACGAUUUCACCCAGUCUCUGAAUUCACCCCUGUCACCAUGGCCCCAGGAGAACUCAGAUCCUGAUGGUGGUACUAACCCGGACGCUGUAGCCAAUGCUGUGACUCUGAAGCAGACCUGGCAGAAGUUCUGUGUCCAGUCCAGGAAGCGUAUCCAGAUCCUUCAGGUCCAUAAGGAGCACAAAGCGGCCAAGCAGCUGGGCUGUAUCAUAGCUGGGUUCAUGCUGUGCUGGAUCCCCUACUUCAUAGUCUUUAUG